AUGGCAUCCCAGCCAGCCUAUCCUCUCCAGAUGCCGGCGCCAACGGCCAGCACUUCGCAGCCAUCGCCAAUUCUCACGUCUCCGGAUCUUUCGAUCUCACUUUCAUCGUGCCAGUAUAUGCUGGAGUCAGCCGCAUACGAUACACCAACAUGGCGAGCCAGAGUAUACCGCUUCGACGACGAAGUUGAAGAGCUUGCCAAGUGGAUGGAGGGCCUCAUCAAAUCCUUGCGAAUUUAUGCCGAAGAGCUCAUCCGUAAGAGGAUUCCGUUUUCCGUAGUGUCACUGCAGUACGACUGCGAGGUCGCUGUGAUUCCCAGGAUCCUGCCCUCCGCUACGCUGACGCACCAAACGGCUGUCCAUCAAGGUGGCAACGAUAGCGCCAUCAAUUUGGCGAGCAAGCUGAUACCCCAGCGCAAGAUAUCCAUGCUAGACACCACAGUCGCCCGGACACUUUCGGAUGCCCUCCAGACGAUAUAUGCACUCAAGGCCAAAGUGGUCGACGAUAUGGUCGAGGGUCUGAUUGAUCCCUUCCAGCAGUGUCUGCGGGAGGAGAUUCGUGAGAUCAAGGUGCAGUCGUCACGGCAGAUCCCGCAGAAUCAGAAAAGCAUGAUGCUGCCGUAUGUGCAUGAGUCGAAGCGAGCAUUUGAUCGACUCGCUGAACGAUACGACUCGGCUCUCGCAAAGUACUCGGCUGUGUCGAAGGCAAAGGAGGCGAGUGCCUUUCGUGAGGAUGCCUUUCAACUCUUCGAGGUUCGAAAGCUGUACAUCCGCGAAUCGAUUGACUAUUCCGUCAAGAUUAUCAAGUUCAAGAGCUUCAUGAAGCUGCUCUCGUUGGAUCAUUUCCUAUUGGCCCUAUAUGCACAUUCGGAUUUUUACGAUUCCAGCUCUGAGGUGUUUAGCGGGCUAAAGCCCUCUAUGGGUCAUCUCCGCAAUCACCUUGACGAGUCGCGCAACGCCUCAAACAUCAUUUCCAAAAUGGAAAUAUCCAGGAAGGCUAUUGAGAUUGAGGCAUGCCAAAAGGUUCGGGUCAAUCUCUCCAUAAACGAAAUGCCAAAGUCCCUUUCGAUUGUUCCCGCGCCUACAAGCAGCGUAUCCAUGACGAAUCUAUCUGCGGUGCUGGAGAGCAGCCACGGGGCCGUCCAGCCAAAGAAGCCCGGUACGGAAAUGGAAGGAUAUCUCUACAAGCGACAGAGCGCCAAAGUUGGCCUCGGGCCGGUUUGGUCUCGUCGGUAUUUUGUGCUUCGCAAUGGAUUCUUUGGGUACUGUGUCGCGAGUCCGUCGGGCAAGCAUAGAGGAACCAUCCUGUUUGCGGUGCCUCUCAACGUUCUGCUGUGCAACAUCCGAGUGGACAAGAGCAAGGAACUGGAUCGCCGGUUUGGCUUUGAGGUGAUGACGUCCAAGAAGUCGUUCGUGUUGCAAGCUGAAAGCGAGGACUCCAUGAAUGAGUGGAUCGCAACAUUCAACGCAGCAAAGUAUCAGGCCGCCAACUCUGACAAAUCGGUUGCUGGCGAUCUUGUUGUUACCGAGACCGAGCGUGACAUUGACGACGAUGGGGAGAAGCUCUAUCUGCAAGAUUUUUUCAAAACCAUAUCACCGCAGCGCGAGGCUGCUGCGUCGAUCGAUGAGAGCCUUCUGGAUGACGGAAUCGGUGGAGAUGGCGCGGAUCAAUCCGACGACUCUUCAGGCGAGCUGGUGCCGGAUGCCGAAGCGGUGGCGUAUCCAGAUCCUUCUUGGACAAAGCGCAACCAGGAUCUACACAAUCUCUUGAAAUCGGUUCCCAAAACCGAUUUCUUGAUCGAUGCACUGUCGUGUGCACUCCAGAAGGACAUUGCUGUCCAGGGCAAGCUGUACCUGACACAAAAUCGCCUGUGCUUUCACUCCAACAUUCUAAGCUUCGUGACUGUGCUCGUGAUAGAAAUAUCCGAUAUUCUCUCGAUAGUGCGCAAGAAUAGUCCCUUUUACAGCUCCAUAGUCGUGACAACUGGGGACGGCACAUACACCUUCAAAACAAUCAUGAAGGACGACAUGAAGACAUACGAAGCGCUCCGGAUUGUGUGGACAAACAAGACCAGCAAUGCCCCGAAAAAGACCAAUCAGGAGCUGUUCGACCUUAUAUUCAGUACAAAGAAGGCCGACGAACGAGAGAAGCAAAAGGACCGCCCGGAUGAGGCAAAGGACCCAGCUGAGGCACCAGCUGCCGAAGGAUUCUCAAAGUCACCCGCCGUGGACGAUGGUCUAUGGGAUCGCUUCAAUAAGAAGCGCGGAGAGUCAGGGCGAAAUGCCGCAGCUUGGACAACGACAAUGCCUCAGACUCGCGACCUUACUCUAGUCGUCCCGGUGAACAACCCGAUGGUUAAGGCUAAGGAGGCGGAUGUCAAUCAGAAGGAAACGAUCAGUACAAGGAACGAGGGCAUAGUGUAUGUAAUCGAUGCGCAGAGCCAAACGCCCGGAGUUCCCUACGGCGAUUCGUUCGCUCUGUUGAUGCGGUACUGCAUCACCUGGGUCACAAAGGACUCGUGCAAGCUCCUGAUCACCGGAGGGGUCAAGUGGUUCAAAAGCCCGAUGGUGAAAGGCAUCAUCAAAUCGGCGGCAGUCAAGGGCAUAACCGACACUGCCGCAGACAUGGUCAAUCACUUGAAAGCGGAAGUCGAGGAAACCUUGGAGGCGGCGGCGCUUGUGAGCGAGUACGAGCGAGAUCUGCUCGAGGCCGAGUUCCUCAACUGGUUCAGCGACCGGUUGCUGGACUGCUCUGUCGACGCAUCAAGUAGCGCUGCACACUUUCACCUGCACUCGGCCGAUCCCUCUGCGCCCGGCAACCCUGCCCAUGGCGACUCUGCAUCCGCCCUUGGCUUCUGCGACGAGUUGAUCCCACAGAUCCCAUAUACUCGAGUGUAUCGGACGACCAGCACGCCCAAAAUGAGUCUGUUUUCGUCUGUGUUCGGCAACCUGGAGGGCAAGAUCGACAAGAGCUUGGACUCGCUGUUCAAGUCCAGCGCCAAACCUGCCUCGUCCACAUUGCCGAGCCAGCCAAGUGUGUCUGUGCAGCCGCCUCAACAGACCCUCGCCAAGAAUGUCAAAGUCGAAAAAGCCUCCCCGACCAAGCAAAGUGAAGCCCCGAAAAGCGACAAGGCUGCAAAGAAACAGCUAGUCAAGCAUGAAAAGUCCGAGCAACUCCCAAAGAAGCAAAGCCCGCAACCAACUGCCUCGCCUGCAACGGGAAAGCAAAAGCGAAAGUCGGGCGAGCAAGCAGCAUCGGAGACUGUCGAUUCGUCCAGCCAGACUGCUCCCAAGCACGAGAAGAAAAAGUUCAAACCCGAUAACAACAAGGACGGCAAGGCCAUCCAGGGUGCGCAAACAACAGCCGCCUCAGCCAACGAGCUUGCGGCAGAGUCACCGGCCGAUGCGGCCAACGAACUGCUGCCGGCACACGACCCGGAGCGACUGGCGCGGACAGUCUUUAUCGGGAAUCUCAAUAUUAGCGUCGCUGAAAAGGCCAAUGUCAAAAAGUUCAAGCAGUUCAUGUCACAGUUUGGACCUUUGGAGAGCAUCCGGUUCCGCUCGGUGGCUUUUUCAAAGCCCAUAUCGAGGAAGGCAGCCUUCAUCACCAAGCAACUGCAUCCAGAGCGAGACUCUAUGAAUGCCUAUGUCAUCUACAAGUCGAAGGACUCUGUCGAGAAGGCCCUGAGCCUCAACGGCACCAUUUACGAGGAGAAGCACAUUCGAGUCGAUCGCGUGCAGCCCAAGGACACAAAAAAAGAGCACGACGCCAAGCGGGCUGUCUUCAUCGGCAAUCUGGCAUUUGAUGUUUCGGAUGAGGCACUCUGGGAGUUCGUCAAGGACGUUGGGGAUAUUGAGUAUAUCCGUGUUAUCCGAGAUGGCAAGACGAACGUCGGCAAAGGCUUCGGCUACGUCCAGUUCAACGACCGAUCCAGCGUUUCGCUGGCGCUGCAGCUCAACAACGAAAAGAUCGGCAACAGGCCUGUGCGAGUGACCAAAUGCAAAUCGGAAACCGCCUUGAACCAGAAGAAGACCUCGUUCGAAGGAACACAUGCCGUCAAGGGCAAGAUCAAGCAGCUUAAAUCCAAGAAGGGCGCAUUCACCAACGGCAAGCCAAAAUCGGGAGCCCAGCGGCGACUGGAGCAAAAGAAGAAGCAGAAGAAAACGGCGGCGAAAUGA